UAUUUUAUUCAUUGGUUGUUGUUGUUGUUUUUCUUCAUGAUAUUUAAUUUUAUUUUAAAAAUUGUUUCUAUCUAAGAAGUUGAUUCGAUCUCUUUAUUGGAAUCCCCGCCCAUUCUCUCAUGUAAUUGGCUAGAAAUAAGACAGUCCCCGCCCCUUCAGAGGGACGGCUGCGGUGACUGUAUCCUAUAUCAAGCUCCUGAAAAGGGUUUUUUUGACAGCACGUCACCGUGGUGUGUGUGUGUGAGAGUGUGAGUGUGAGAGUGUGUGUUGUAGAGAAGGAGGUUUCUUCUUGCGUGCAGCCUGAAGGUCUGAGAGAUCUGUCUGAUGGAGGAAAAGAGAGCACCGCUUCAUUGCGGAUUUCUAUUUAAAUGAAAGCGCACGACUGCGGCUGCACCCCGGCGGAACCGAACCGGCACCGAUGCCCGUCCGACGCGCUCCUGUUAUCUCCAGGCAAUCAGCAACAACACUAACAAGAACAACAAUAAUAAAGUGAAGUGUCCCAAUAUUUUUGCUUCUCCGCACGUCCAGGAUGAACUGAGACGCACUUGGGGGUGGUGGUGGGGGGGUUUGACGUGAGCAGCUCAGGUCGGAGAAUUCGAAUUUUUGUGCGCGUUUGGAUAAAUGAUAGGAGAUACCAUGACCCUGCUGUCUCUCCUGGGCCGGAUCAUGCGCUAUUUCUUACUAAGACCGGAGACGUUGUUCCUGCUGUGCCUGAGCCUGGCUUUAUGGAGCUAUUUCUUUCACACCGAUGAGGUGAAGACCAUCGUGAAGUCCAGCCGCGAUGCUGUGAAAAUGGUCAAGGGCAAAGUGGCCGAGAUCAUGCAGCACGACCGGUUCGGCCUGGACUUGUCCGAGGCGGAGUUCUCCAAGAACUGGGAGAUGAAGAGCCCUGGCGCCGCCGUCUACGCCAUCCAGGGACGCCGUGAUCACAUGGAAGACCGCUUCUCCGUGCUCACCGAUCCGGUCAACCGGAGCCACCCGUCCAUUUUCGGGAUCUUCGACGGUCACGGUGGAGAGGCGGCAGCAGAAUACGUGAAAACUCACCUGCCCGAGGUCUUGAAGCAGCACCUGCAGAAUUAUGAGAAGGAGAAAGAGAACAGUCUUUUGUCUUAUCAAUCCAUCCUGGAGCAGCAAAUCCUCAAUGUGGACAAGGAGAUGCUGGAGAAGCUCUCUGCCACGUAUGAUGAAGCAGGGACAACAUGCCUAGUGGCCAUGUUGUCUGAUAAGGAACUGACAGUAGGUAAUGUAGGUGAUUCCAGAGGAGUUUUGUGUGAUAAAGACGGUAAUGCCAUCCCCUUGUCCUAUGACCACAAACCCUACCAACUCAAAGAGCGAAAGAGGAUCAAGAAAGCAGGUGGCUUCAUCAGCUUUAACGGCUCCUGGCGUGUGCAAGGAAUCCUGGCCAUGUCUCGAUCUCUGGGCGACUAUCCUCUUAAGAAGCUAAACGUGGUCAUCCCCGAACCUGACGUGGUGACCUUUGACCUGGACAAACUGCAGCCCGAGUUCAUGAUCCUGGCAUCCGAUGGCCUGUGGGAUGCCUUCAGUAACGAGGAGGCCGUCCGCUUCAUCCGCGAGCGCCUCGACGAGCCGCAUUUCGGCGCCAAGAGCAUCGUGCUGCAGGCGUUUUACCGCGGCUGCCCAGACAACAUCACAGUCAUGGUGGUCAAAUUUAAAAAGAGAGCCACCAAAUCGCCCGAGCAGUGAACCACCAUGAAUCUGAACUGAUAAUAUUUUCGGCGUUAUCAGUUAGAAUAGCGAUUCAUUCGAAUAUAUAUUAUCGGCUCGUAUUAGUAAGGAUGUAAAGACGCAAAAGGGAAAAAAGUUUCUCAUGACUAUUUUUGGAGCAAGAACUGUUUAUUACAAUAAUGUCAAAUCUAAAGUAAACAGGUAUCAUCCCAUUAUGUCAUUUUUCCCAAAGCCUUUGUUUUAAAUAGCGCAUCAUGGAGAGAAACUUCAAGAGAAGCCACGGCUUGUGUAAUGAAAAUCACAUUCAAGGUCAUUUAACCCCUUGAAGUUUUCGCUUAAUAUGCAUUUAUUCAUGUUGAAGAGUAUUAUUCAGUAAUUACUAUGAAUGACAAAAUAGGUACAUAGAUAUGAAAGUAAGUAAGUCGAGUAGUAGAGUUUUAUUAGUAUUGCCAGGAUGAUUAUGGGCCUUCGAUUUCUUCGUUUUCUUUUUGAGAUGCAAACUAAAGCAUCAGUACCAUUCGUUAUUAUAUCGGUCAUUUUUUAAGGCAAGACACCACAUGGUAGAUAUAUGCAUCUAUGGACAUACACUAUAUAAGCAAAUGUUUGUGGACACCUGACUAUAAGAUUCAUUUCAUUUUUGAGAAUCCCAUUCCACAUUUAAUUCCCAUUUGCAGUUAUAAUACCUUCCACUCUUCUGGGAAGAUGUUCCACUAGAUUUUGGAGUGUGCUUGUGAAGAUUUGUGCUCAUACAACCGCAAGAGUUUUAGACACGUACAGUCAGGUACUGAUUUAGGACGGAGGACUGGGGUGCAGUCCGAGUUUCAAUUCAUCCCAAAGGUGUACAAUAGCUGAAUAGUUGAAGCUCUGUAGGGGAAGAGACUCAAGAUUUUCUGAACCAGCUCAUGAAAAGCAUCUCGUAAUGGAGAUGGUUUUGUGCAUUAAGGCAUUGUCAUGCUGGAACAGGUUUGGGUCUCCUAGUUAAAGUGAGGAAAAGAUUGCUAUCCAAAGAACUCCUACACAAUUUUAUGCCUUCAAUUUUGUGGUAAAAGUUCAGGAAAGGAUUACAUAUGGCUGUGUAAGUCCGGUCCCAAUACUUUUAUCCGUAUAUUGUAGAUUGAUUGAUUGAUAGAUUCCUGUGAUCUCCCAGAUGAAGGUUAGUUUUAAAGUAACUAACAGUUUAAUGUUUAACAGUUUGCGAAUGACUCGGAAUUGAAUCCUAAUUUAGUUACUUGGUGUUUGGUAACGAAGUCAUUUAUAAGAAAACGACUGAUGACACCUGUAUUCAUAGCAACUAGUGUCUAAUUAAUUCAUUUGAUUGUUAAUUAUAAAUAUAACAUGUGUCAGCCAGUCACUCAUGCAAUGGGUGACAAUGCAAUACACAAAAUCAUCAUGUUACUAAACAGCUACUUUAAUUAGGGUACAAUAUUCGGCAAUUAAAUAUUUAUUUAGUACUCAUUGGACAUCUAUUUUCUGUUCUGAUCUCAACAAGUCUUGGCGAAAUCCUGAGCAGGCACCAA